AAUAUAUAAGAAUUAAGUAAUAAUUCAAUAUAUUAUAAAAUUUGUAAUUAAUGUUUUUUUAUAGCAAACCGUCUAUGACAUGAUAACUAUGUCCAUUCAAAUAGUUCCUGUUAUUGAUAAUUAUAUAACACAAUUUAUGGGAUUAGACAAAUCUAUUCCCCGAAUUUUUACUGAAACUAAAACAUUAAUCUUUGAAUAUUACGAAAAAAAUUCUGAAGUAAGUUACUCAAUAUAAAAUACAUUUUAUGGUAAAACUAGUAGAUCAAACCUAUGAAAAAAAUACAUAUAAGUCAAGGCAAUAUUUAUUUAUUUAUUUUAUUUUUAUUUAUUCUUCAAGAAGAUAAUGGGCUCUACCGAACCUGUUUGUGUGGGGCCCACGAGUUUGCAUAUACUUUGAUAACUCAUCCUAAGAUUAGCUAGAUCUGUAUUUUGUUUUAAAAAAGCAAACAAACUGAAUUUAAAUGAUUGAAAAAAAUAAUUAAUUAACUAGAAUGAAUAUUAAAUAAAUGAAAAACCUAACCUCAGUUAAAAUGUAUAUUUAUUUUUAGAAGAAAAACAUUAUCAUCAAUGGACCACAUGAAAUUAUACAUUUUGCCAAAAAAUUAGCACAUACGUACAACCUGUACUUUGUUGAUCUAGUAACAAUCAGCGAAGAAUUUUUCAACAUAUUUGUAAAAUAUAUAAUAUUUUUAAAGUUUUACUUUUACCCAUAUUAUUGAAAUUUAAAUGUAUAAUCAAAUAAUAAUAAAAUAUUUAUUAUUUUAUAACCUAAAAAAUAAUGAGAUUUAAAUCUCUAGUUUUCGGAAAAUAGUUUCUAUGGUAUUGAUUUUUAUUGGUUACAAAAUGUAACUAAUAAUAAAUUAGUUAAUCAAAAACUUACAACAAUUUAUAAUAUUUCACUACAGAAAUCAGAUGUACAAUAUAAUGAAUCUAGUCAGGAAUUUAAGCAAAAUAGUUUAAAGAAUCUACCAACACUUGGUAACAAACAAUUAUUGGAAGAGCAAAAACAAUAUUUCAAAGACAAUGGUAAAAUUUCUGAUAAAUAUUUAUUACCGUAAGUUAAGACUGAUCUAUCUACACGAUUAAUUAAACUAAGACAUACUAACUAAAAUAUAAAAGUUAAAACGUUAUAGAUUUAUAAAAAAUAAGAUAUUAAAAAACAGAGUGGAUAACUGUGGUUACAUAAUUUGUAAUUUUCUUGAAAAUAUUGAACAAGCUCAAAAUCUUUUUGAUUUGGAGCAAUUUGAAUCCAAUAAAGAAAAUGAUUUACAAUUUUUUGACGAUGAAAUACAUCCAAGUAUUAUUUAUGAAAUUAUACAAAGAAAAAAAAUAUUAAUAUUAAUAUUCUAACAUAAAUUUAGCUAUCAUCAUUGAUGUAAUUAUGGUUGGAAAUAAUAUUAUGAGGAAAGUGAAGUAUAAAUCGGAAGCAGAACAAUCAAACUUAAACUCAAAACAAGUGUGUGAUGAUGCAUUAGAUAAAUUACUGAAUUGGCCUUUGUUAGAUUCUAAAUAUACUGAAAGCGAAAUUAUGAACUAUAUUUUAGAAAAUGAUAACAUAGAAAUAAGAAAAAAUCGAGAUUUAAUCGAUUACUUAGAAGUUUUGUUCAAACCAAAAAUGUACAAAGAGUAUUUAUUAAUAACUCCAAGUAAUUGCAUAUUUGUAAAUCAUGAAGAAUUUGAUAGACUGUUUAAAUCACUUUUAAUAAGUAUGCCAGUAGAAGUAAAAGAUUAUGAAGCUGAAAACAAAGUAAGUGACAUAAAAGCUGUAAUCAAUAAAAUGUAUGACACUCAUUCGACAAUAAUUGAAAAUGAAGAUUUAGCAAUAGAAGACAUUUAUGAAAAAAAUCUGGCUCAAUUGUUGAAAGAACCCACAAUUAAAAAAGAAGAAAAUUUUUCAUUAGAAAAUAUUAAAAUAAUAGAUUUUCUAAUCAAAUGUGUAAAUCCUAUCUUGAUAAAUGGAGUAUUGGAAAUUAUGAAAAAUAUGCCUGAGGAUCCUAUUGACUUUUUGGUAGAAUAUAUUUAUAACCAUAAUAUGUACAAUCCGUGUGUUUCUUCACCACCAUUGAAUAAAAAACCAAAAGUAGCUAACAGCCUCAACAAACACCUGUUGUGA